CUAAAUUAAAAAUACCGGUGAGGCACAACCUGCCGCCGGUUGUACACAUUAACAGAAGAUUCUCAUUCUCUUUAUCAGAUUUUCCAAAAUUUUUAUUAAUCUUAAUUUAAUCACACAAUAAUUUCCCCCCUAUUAUUUUUUUCAGCAAUCUCAAUCUUUUCUGGGUUUGACAUGAUUUUCUUGAUUUGAUGUAUGUUGAAAAGGACCCCAGGAAGGUGUCAUUUUUUUUCUUGGCAAAAGAUUAUAAAUUUAUGACACAAAGUCUUCAGUUUGGUGAUAUAAUUUAGCAAAAAAGAAGAAUUUUUUUUUAAAAACAUAAUGUGGUGUAGGAAAAAUUCAAGUUUUGACGAUGGAGGAUCAGUGCCAGUGUACUUAAAUGUGUAUGAUUUAACACCAUUUAAUGGUUAUGCAUAUUGGCUUGGUCUUGGAGUGUAUCAUUCUGGAGUUCAAGUUCAUGGUGUUGAGUAUGCAUUUGGAGCUCAUGAGUAUCCGACGACUGGGAUUUUUGAGAGCGAGCCGAAACAGUGUGAUGGAUUUACAUUUAGGAAGACAAUUUUGAUUGGGAAAACUGAUAUGCUGCCUUCAGAAGUGAGGGCUGUAAUGGAGGAUUUAUCAGAUAAUUAUAAAGGAAAUGCAUAUAAUUUAAUCACAAAGAACUGUAACCAUUUCUGCAAUGAUGCUUGUAUUCGUCUCACCGGAAAUCCUAUCCCCAGCUGGGUCAAUCGCCUCGCCAGAAUCGGGUUUUUCUGCAAUUGUGUUCUUCCGGCGACUUUAAAUUCGACUAAAAUCCGGCAUCAUAGAAUAGAAGAUAAAGCAUACGAAGGGGAGAAGAAGAAAUUGACAAGCGAAUCAAACAGAUUCACAUCUUCAAAUUCUUCUUCAUCUUCAUCGUCUUCUCCUUCCGGGACUCAAGUUCGCGGUAGAAGUAGAACCAGGCGAGCUCUUCCUCCAUGUUCACCUUUGAUUCUUGGUUCUUCAUAAUCUUGAUGUUCAAAAUGUUACAAAAUCCUAUCCAUUUUUUUUUUUUUUUCUCAAGUAGCUCAAUUAGAGGUGGCAAAGAAAGGCAAAAUUUUAGUUCUUUCUUGUGAUUUGUUGAGGCUAACAUUUUGUUGCAGGAAUGUUGCACAUAUUUGUACAAUUUUAUGCUUCAAUUCCAUUUUUUUUGUUGUGUUUAUCAAAUUUGACCUCCAUUUUUGUUAGCAAACAG